ACAUCCUGUGUGCUAAUCCUAAAGCUUGCCUGCUGCCAUGGAGACCAGAGCCCUCUGGCUAAUGCUGCUGGUCCUGCUUGCAGGGUCCUCUGGGGUAACUUCGGAGUAUGUUGGCCUGUCUCCAAGCCAGUGUAUGGUCCCGGCAAAAGAAAGGGUGGACUGUGGCUACCCCAGAGUCACAGAAGAACAGUGUAACAACCGUGGCUGCUGCUUUGACUCCAGCAUCCCGAAUGUGCCCUGGUGCUUCAAGCCUCUGCAGGAGACAGAAUGCACAUUUUGAAGUCACCCAGGCUCUGGGAAGGGGGCUCUGCACCCUGGACACUUGCUGGCGGUGGUGGCCGAGGGCAACGCUCAUCCCUGCUCUGCUCUCUCUGCUGCUGGCCAACCUAGGAGCCUGGAGUCCUGAAGAAUAAAGACCCCAACUCAGCACAAGGCUGCUCUGGUUGCUGAGA